AUGGCGACAGCGGGCGAAGAGACUGAGCGAUUUGGCGGCGAACGUCACCAUGCUUCCCGCGACUACGACCGGGACCGCGAGCGCAGGCACCGAGACGACCGUGAGCACGGCAGGGAGCGAGGAGACCGCGGAGAACGCGAUAGAGAACGCGACCGUGAGCGCUAUGAAUCUCGCCGGCACGGAGAGCGGGACAGGGACCGCGAGCCGCGCGACAGAGACCGUGAUCGUGAACGCUUCGGGGCGCGUGGUGGCCGCGAGGACUACGAGGAGUACUCACGACGUCAUCGUGGCGACGACGACCGCAGGCGCGAACGCCGAGGCGGAGGAGAGGAGGAGCAUGGUGGCCAUCGCAGGCCUCCCCGUGGCGGCGGCGAUGACGAGAGAGGCGAUCGUCGGGGGAGAGGAAAACACCGGGAAGGGUUGGGGACACCUGAGAGGAGGUCUCCGACGCCGCCGGACGCGGCGCCUCUGUCGCAGAGGAAGAGGAAGGCGAGUGGGUGGGACGUACACGCUCCUGGGUACGAACAGUAUACCGCUAUGCAAGCGAAGCAAACAGGUCUAUUCAAUCUGCCGGGUGCAAACCGCACGCAGAUACCCCCCAUUCUCGCCAUUCCAGGGCUUCCUCCCCCCAUGCCUGUAUCGACCUUCGGUAUGGGCACUGGUGUCAACCCCAACCUAUCGAGGCAGUCCCGUCGCUUGUAUAUCGGCAGCAUCACCCCAGACAUCAACGAACAGAACCUGACGGACUUCUUCAACUCGAAGAUGAAGGAGAUGAACCUGGGAACCGGCGCUCCGGGCAACCCGGUCUUAGCUGUUCAAUGCAAUUACGAGAAGAAUUAUGCAUUUGUCGAGUUCCGUAGUGCUGAAGAUGCGACCGCGGCAAUGGCAUUCGAUGGAAUCAUCUUCCUCAAUGGCCCACUCAAAAUCCGUCGUCCGAAGGAUUACGGUGGACCAGACGUCAUAGCGCCCAACAUGCAUGUGCCUGGUGUCGUGUCGACCAACGUCCCGGACUCUGCGAACAAGAUAUUUGUGGGCGGGCUGCCGACAUAUCUCAACGAGGAACAGGUGAUGGAAUUGCUCAGCAGCUUCGGCGAGCUCAAGGCGUUCAACCUUGUGAGAGAAAAUGGGAAUGGUCCCUCAAAGGGCUUUGCGUUCUUCGAAUACGUCGACCCUAGCGUCACUGACGUCGCCAUCCAAUCGCUGAGCGGCAUGGAACUGGGUGACAAGUACCUGGUUGUGCAACGCGCAUCAGUCGGUGCAAAGCCGGGCCAGUCACCUAUCCCGGGAAUGUACGACCUGAACCCCGAGAUUCCCAAACCGAUCCUGCCCGUCGGCGACCUGAGCGAAUCACAGGACCGCAUCCUCCUCAUGCUCAACAUGGUUGUCCCCGAGGAGUUGCAAGAUGACCAGGAAUACGCGGACAUUCUCGAGGACGUCAAAGAGGAGUGCGGCAAAUACGGCGAGGUCGAGGACCUGCGUAUACCUCGCCCGGUCAAGAAAGACAAGGCUAAGUGGGGCGAGGGCGGGCGCGACAGUGCAUUGGCCCAGCAGCGUGCCGACGAGGCUGCAGGUGUCGGUCGCGUGUACGUCAAGUACGCCUCUCCACGGAGCGCCGCCAACGCGCUCAAGGCUUUGGCGGGACGAAGCUUCGCUGGGAGGAGUAUCAUCGCGACGCUUCUGAGCGAUGACGCGAACACGACCCCGCCGCUGAAUCUGAUCUUCGCCCCGCAGCCCGACGCGCCUCCGCCCCUUCCCCAGGACUAA